UUGGAAGAGAGAAAUAGAGCACAAAAACAACCGCAGAAACUUGAAAGGAAUAAAAAUGGCCACCUUAGACGAACGCCCUUCUGCGAAAAGGUGGCUUCCUCUUGAAGCUAACCCUGACGUCAUGAACCAGUUCCUUUGGGGUCUUGGCCUUCCAGAGGAUGAGGCUGAGUGCUAUGAUGUUUAUGGCUUAGAUGAAGAGCUUUUGGAAAUGGUUCCUAAGCCAGUUCUUGCCGUCCUUUUUCUUUAUCCCAUUACCGCUAAGUCAGACAGAAGAAGAGAGGUUGCAACAGGACGGUGAAAAAAAGGAAUGUAGCAGUAGAGUGUAUUAUAUGAAGCAAACCGUGGGUAAUGCUUGUGGUACAAUCGGGCUUCUUCAUGCACUUGGGAACAUAACUUCUGAAGUCAAGCUUAUUGAGGGGUCAUUCUUCGAUAAGUUCUUUAAAUCUACUGCAAACUUGGAUCCGUUCCAGCGGGCUGUAUUUCUUGAGAAUGACAGAGAGAUGGAAGUUGCUCAUUCAGUAGCAGCCACUGCUGGUGAUACAACGGCAUCAGAAAAUGUGGACACCCAUUUCAUCUGCUUUACUUGUGUUGAUGGUGAACUGUAUGAGCUUGAUGGAAGAAAGUUGGGACCGAUACCUCAAGGUCCAUCCUCCCCAAGUACUUUGUUGAGGGAUGCAGCUAAAGUCAUCCAGAGCAUGAUCCAGAAAAAUCCUGAUUCCCACAACUUCAAUGUCAUUGCAAUAUCAAAGAAUUCCAGGGAUGGACAUUAAGGCAGCCAAUUUGGGGUCUUGUGGAAGCAAUUCUUGAAGUUACUUGUAGUAUAAUCCCCAGUCAUCCAUGCAGCUUUUUAUUCACUUUCCAUGUAUUUAUGCUCUGAUUUAUUAUUAUUAUUAUUUUCAUUCAAGGAUGUAUCAAUCUGAGCAUCGUUCGCUAAGCACUGAUGCAGUGCGAGUAAAUUUUAUGAAUAUUACGAAUGGACUAAUUGAACUCCCAAAACCA